AUGUGCAUUGAUUAUAGGCAAUUGAACAAGGUAACAAUUAAGAACAAUUAUCCUUUGCCUUGCAUUGAUGAUUUAUUCGACCAGCUUCAGGGAGCAAGGGUAUUCUCCAAGAUUGAUCUCCGUUUGAAUUAUCACCAGUUGAAGAUCAGGGAUUUGGAUAUUCUUAAGACGGCAUUCACGACCAGAUAUGGUCAUUAUGAGUUCCUGGUUAUGUCUUUUGGGCUGACCAAUGCCCCAGCAGCGUUCAUGCAUCUGAUAAACAGCGUGUUCCGGCCUUAUCUUGACUCAUUUGUCAUAGUUUUCAUUGAUGAUAUCCUGGUAUAUUCGUGUAGUCAGGAGGAGCACGCGGAGCAUUUGAGGGUUGUGUUGCAGAGAUUGAGGGAGGAGAAACUUUAUGCAAAGUUCUCCAAGUGUGUGCGGCGUCGCAUAUGUGAUGGGAUGGCCGCAGAUGCGGAUUUGAAGGGAGGAGUCAGAAACCGCAAAUGCGGUAGAAGGACCGCAACUGCGGAGCCGCAGAUGCGGCGAGUGGACCGCGGAUGCGGUAAUUGGUCUGUUAAGUGA